CACACUCCAUUUCUCUCUCUUGUCUCUCUCUACUCUACUACCUCUUCUCUCCCCUUCACUCUCCACACUGAGAUACAGAGCAGCUAAUAAGCUUUAGAAGGUUUAGAUCUGAUUAGCACAAACCCCAAAGAUCCUCACCAUCAAGGACGAUUAAGGUUGCAGCAUCAACGUGAAUGGCAGUGACAGAUGCUCAAUACCCUCUUCUUGGAGAAACCACUUGUGGUUCACUACUGCAAAAACUUCAGGAAAUUUGGGAUGAGGUUGGUGAGAAUGAUGAGGAACGGGACAAGAUGCUUCUUCAGAUAGAGCAGGAGUGCUUGGAUGUUUACAAGAGGAAGGUUGAGCAGGCUGCUAAGUCAAGGGCACAGCUCCUUCAGGCCCUUUCAGAUGCCAAACUUGAGCUCUCCAGCCUUUUAUUGGCUCUCGGAGAGAAAAGUUAUGCUGGAAUUCCUGAGAAGACUUCAGGAACAAUUAAAGAACAACUAGCAGCUAUAGCGCCAGCACUUGAACAUCUUUGGAAGCAGAAAGAGGAAAGAGUAAAAGAGUUUUCUGAUAUACAGUCUCAGAUCCAAAAAAUAUGUGGAGAAAUUGCUGGAAGCUUGAACAUAAAUGAGAAUCCUGCAGUUGAUGAGUCUGACCUGUCCCUGAAGAAGUUGGAUGAAUAUCAUUCACAACUUCAGGAACUUCAAAAGGAAAAGAGUGAGAGGUUGCACAAGGUGCUCGAAUUUGUAAGCACUGUGCAUGAUCUUUGUGCUGUGCUUGGGAUGGACUUCUUCAGCACUGUAACUGAUGUUCACCCAAGCUUAAAUGACUCUACUGGUGUGCAAUCCAAAAGCAUUAGCAAUGAGACGCUAUCUAGGUUGGCUAAGACUGUCUUAGCAUUAAAAGAAGAUAAGAAGCAAAGGCUUCAAAAGCUUCAAGAGUUAGCAACUCAGUUGAUUGAUCUGUGGAAUCUGAUGGAUACCUCCAUUGAGGAAAGGGGACUUUUUGACCAUGUUACCUGUAACAUAUCCACCUCAAUUGAUGAAGUAACCGUCCCUGGGGCUCUUGCACUGGAUCUGAUUGAACAGGCUGAGGUGGAAGUUGAAAGACUUGAUCAACUCAAGGCCAGCAGGAUGAAGGAAAUUGCUUUCAAAAGGCAAGGUGAACUUGAAGAGAUAUUUGCCCAUGUUCACAUUGAAAUAGAUCCAGAGGCAGCUCGAGAAAAGAUUAUGGAACUAAUUGAUUCUGGGAGUGUUGAGCCUGCUGAGUUACUGAAUGACAUGGAUAAUCAGAUAGAAAAGGCAAAAGAAGAAGCUCUUAGCAGAAAAGAUAUUUUGGACAAAGUUGAGAAAUGGAUGUCAGCCUGUGAAGAAGAGAGUUGGCUUGAAGACUAUAAUAGGGAUGAAAACAGGUACAAUGCUAGUAGAGGUGCGCAUCUAAAUCUCAAGCGGGCAGAGAAAGCUCGUAUUCUGGUGAAUAAAAUUCCAGCUAUGGUUGAAACCUUGGUUGCCAAAACUCAGGCUUGGGAAGAAGAACGAGGGGUACAGUUUGCUUACGAUGGGGUUCCUCUCCUUGCCAUGCUACAUGAAUAUGCCAUGCUUAGGCAGGACAGAGAAGAAGAGAAGCGGAGGAUGAGGGAUCAAAAGAAGUACAGUGAGCUGCAAAACACAGAACAAGAAGCCAUUUUCGGUUCACGACCUAGUCCUGCCAGACCAAUUGGCACCAAGAAGGUAAUGAGCCCUCGUACGAAUGGUGGUGCAAAUGGAACUCCCAGCAGACGUCUAUCGCUGAAUACUCAUCAAAACGGAAGCAGGUCCACAACCAAAGAUGGGAAGAGAGAUAACAGGCCAGUUGCUCCUGUCAACUACGUUGCCAUAUCAAAAGAGGAUGCCGCAGCCCAUGUUUCCGGUACUGACCCCGUUCCUGCAUCGCCAUGAAAAUAAUCGGUAAUUAGAGUGAGCUCGAGAACUGUAAUGUAGGUUUACGGCUGUGAUAUUACUAGGUCCUGCUGUAGGGGAUAUAUCAUACAUAUAGUCAAGGGAUCUAUGAGUGAACUGUUUGUAGUUGUAUGCUAUAUUGGCGCUUGGUUUUAAUUCUGCAGAACCUAUUGUAGUUUUUUUGGGUAUUACAUUAGAGAGACAAUCCUUUCACCAAACCUUUUGCUCAUAGUCUUCAGUUGUUCA